AUGGAUCUUUUCUGUGUGAGUCGCCGGAGCUACCUCAGCCUGCUCCUUACCACCUGUCCUUGACUUACCAUGCUCAGACGAGACUGAGUGGAAACUGUGCUGCUUGCUCCUCCCUCUGGCACCUCUCUGUGUGUGUUUAUGUGAGCAGCUGCAAUUUUUUUUAAAUCCUUCACUCUGUGUGUGGCUGUUUCUUUCUACCUGUGGUGCUUCAGUGGAGUGGCGAAGAGAGGAACGUCCUCGGCCGGUGGAGUUCUGAUGGGUAGCAGUACUGGCCCUGGCUGGGACUGGGGAUGUUGAACGGGGGGAGGGAGGGCCUGUUUGAGCUGGGACAGCAGCUCCAGCAGCAGGGGGAGUACCAGGCCGCCCUCCACUGCUUCCUCAGCUGCCUGUUGGGACUGACCCAUGUGCAGAGCUUCACCUCUCUGCCUAACUGCCUACACCAGAUUGCAGAACUCUUCAUCACUGAAAAGAAUUAUGGGAAGGCACUCCAGUUCAUCCAGGCUGAAAAAAUGUUCUAUGAAGUGGCAUUGAUUGAGCUCACGGCUCUUCAGGGGAGCACAGGGCCUCAGGAGGAGGCUACGCUGGGCUCUGCAGGAUGGACAACCCCAGAGGAGCUUUCAGAGCAGGCCUCCCAGGCACAGCACCUCGAACGGCUGGCCCAGCUGUGCAUCAUGAGCAAACAACCUCAUCUUGCUCUAGAAUACAGCGGUAAGGCUACAAAGAUCCACCAGAGGGCCUUUGGUAAUGACCACCCCAUUACAGCCAGAAGCCUGGAGCUUAUGGCCACCGUCUAUGCUGAGAUUGGCAAGACUGAAUAUUCAGACUCCCUGGGUCAGUGUGUGUCUGCACUGUCCAAACGCUUCGCUGCUGCAGAGUCCAUCAGAGACACCGUCAACUGUAUUCCUCAUUCCCACCGGGAGAAACACUCAGAGGUCAGACACAGAAAGGACACCCACCACCAACAGGAGGACACACCGAAACAUAAGGUGACCAAUGGCAAAGUCCCCACCUCCAUUCUGAAGAGGCCAAGUCCCAACUAUGGGUCAGACACAGAACUCAACCACAGACGGAAAGGCGAACGGAGGGUUCGAUUCAGGGAGCCAGAGACCACAGUACAUGCGUAUGAGACGACCCCGCCCCGCCCCCACCUCGCCCUGUUCACUUGCCUCUUCCUGCUAAUGUCAUUCCUGGGUGUGGCCAUGUACUGCACAGAUCGCCGACGCCCACAGCGAGUGUGCGAGGAGCUGGAGGCCGCUUUGGCUGUGUACCUGCUGCAUAUGAAACAGCUUCUGUGGGGCUGCUGGAUAUGGCUGACCAUGCAGUGACUGAGACUGACCACAGGUGGAGACAUGGAGCCGCCUUUGUUUUUUUUCAGACCCUUCUUUUUUUCCUAUCUCUGAAGGAGCCCAGGCCUACAAACACCUCAGCCAUUUGGCACUCUCUGUACACUGUCUGUGGUGUUAAACCACUCUUGCAAUGAAAAAGGGAAAAAUAUGUAAUCCCAGAAAUAUGUAGCUUCCAUGUCUGUAUGUAUAUAUGUACUAAGAUGGUGGGCAUGCCAUUCCUUAUCUAAGAUGAUUUUGCACAUCUGCAAUGUUGAUGCUCACAGAUACGCUAACUUAAUCAACACAACCAUGAUUUUUAAGUUCAUGUCAUAGUCUAAUGUAUGUGAGUGAAUGUUUCCAUGGAAUGCAAAUAUUUAUUUUGUUACCUUACAUGAUUUGUGUAUAUCAGAUAUUACACAGAACUGAAUGUGUAUAUAUGGUUCAAUAUACUAAGGACUAUCACAAUAUUACGCCUUGUAAUUGCACAUAAAUGAAUGUAGAGAUGUUUGGAAACACCUUUCCCUUGGCACGGGGCACAUUUGAGAGGAGGAGGAUGGAAGCACAAAUGUGUAAACUGUUCGAAAAUGAUCCGCGAGAUAGAAAACACAGGGCUGCAACACUUCACAGUGCCAGGUUGAAUGACUUAACAGAUGAAAAACACCUCUUUCUUCACAGACUGUCUUCAGCUGAUUCCCAGCUCCACUGAGUAGGAAAUCUGCAGCACAAUGUUCUCUCUCCUUAUCUAUUGCUGAAGAGAAUAUACUCAAACUGAAUGAAUGCUAAUGCUUUUGACACUGUUCCUCUUUAUAAUCGCUUGAAUCCCACAAAAUAUCCUUGAUCCUAAAUGUUAUUAUUCUUCUAUAUUGUAUAUCUGCAUCUACGCAAUUAUCCAACUUUCAAUUAGUUUAAGUUUUUUUUACUUUUUGUUACCUGGUACAUUUCUAUUUAAAAUAAUAAUAUUCAGGUUUUAAUCAUGAUGUCAAAUGCUCAUCAAACUUUGGACAAAUGUAUGGAUGGGUGUGGCUCAAUAAGUAUUUGCAAUCUGUUAAAAAAAAACAAAAAAAACAGAUGUACUCCCUAUAUCAACAUCAUUACUAUUAAUAUGAGGCCAAACACAGAAAUAUAGCAGAAUCAGAUACUCAUAUGUCAGUCCCUUUAUCAAAUGAAGAAAAUAAAAUUCAAACAGCCAAACCACCGCACCCACACACCUCAUUAUGAGCAAUAACACACAUCACAUAGUUUGCAGUAAAACAUUGUUCUUUAUAUAACAGGUUUCAGGGAACUCAAAAGGAAAGCGUUGGAUUUUGGAGGUUUCACAUAUAAAUGUCAAAGCAAUAUAAGGCUAAUAACGCCUCUAUAGAAGAAAGGAAUACUCUCGACUCUGUACUGUCAAACUAAAUUGUCAUUAGCAAUAAAACAAUACCCAGUGAA